UAUUAUAUGUUCUAAGAUUCAGAAAUAUCAGCAAUCAGCUGAAAGUCUGAAGCAUCUGAUCUGACGCUGAAGCAACUGAAAUGUCACAGAAUAACAUGAAAAUUAAUCAAAUACCCAUAUCUGUGAUAAAAGUCAAAACAUUGAAUGUUUUAACGUUUUUUAAGCGAUAACCAAGUACCUGAUAGUUUUAAUGCCAAUAACUUGAAUUUUAAACCAAUCCAUUAUCUAUAGUUAAUGUUAAUUAACCACCUCAGCAUUUCAUAAAAUUAACAAGAACAUGGAAGGCCAAAAAUAUUCCUCAGAAGUCAUGUCAAAUUCUAACUUCAUUAAAUUGCCAAAUGAUUCAAAGGACGAAGAUAUAAAAAGCGACGAACCAAUUGUUAUCAAAACUUUAUACACUGAAGAAAUUUAUCAUGGUAACAAAUUGAAAUCACGAAUUGAAUUGAGUAGAAAUCUUGAAUUUCCAAUAAAUAUUGAUUUUGCAGAUAGUUUAGAUAAACUUCCAAUCAGACCACUUCUACAACCAGUAAAAAUGAACGAAUCUGAUAACUAUUCGGAUUUUGAAAAGCAGGAAUCAGAAAAUGAAUGGAAAGUGAGAUAUCGUCGUGUGCCCUACAAACGAAGAGAAGAUAAUUUUGAACCAUUUAAAUCAAAAGAUACUUAUAAAAUUAUAAACCCUGCUCAAAAUCAAGUUGAGAAACAAAGUAGAAUUCAUAAAUGCAUAAGUAUAUUUGCAGUCAUAUUAAUAUUAUUUCUGAUAGGAACAUAUAUCAUUCCUUAUAUUCACUAUUCCAGUGGUCCUAUUCCAGUUGAUAGAGUGGAGAAGGCAUUACUUAAAAAAAUUUUGCAACAAAAUCCUUCCAUAACUACCAUUGUCGAGAACCUGAAUAAACUUAAUAACCGACCUCCUCAAAAAAUUUUAACAUGUUUAGUGGGUCCAACUGGUGUGGGAAAAUCACAUCUUAUCAAUAUUUUGAGAAAAGAAAUUAGUCCACAAAUUAAGAUUUUUCAUGACUCUGAUUUUCCAGAUUUGUCUUCUAGGGAAAGCGUCAUUACUAAGGAUCUUCUCCAAAAGCUAUAUUUCUCUAAUUUGUUUGUUGUAGUGAUUGAUGAUUUAAAAAUUGAUAAUAUGGAAAGACUGAAAAAAUUUAUAGAGAUAUUAUUUUCAGUAGAAAAUAAUAUCCUGCUAUUAACUGUAUUUAAUUUAGAGACUAAAGGCUGCCUAAAAGAUUCAUCCAAAUCAAAUGCUAAUUUGAAUGUAAUAAGGAAAAAUCUAGAGCAUUUCACUGAAAAUUUUCAUAUUGCUCAUUUUAAUUCAUUGAAUGAAGAAACUGUAAAACACUGGUUGGUGAAAGAAAUAGCACCCCAAAACUUUCCAUCUGAAAUAAAUGAUAUAUUGGUAGAUGAUUUAUUGAAACGGCAGGACAUUAAAUGUCAUGGUCUGAAAGGUUUACAUUCCAAAUUACUUCUUGAAUUGUCUCGCUAUGGAGAAAUUAUAAAAAAAAUUUUACUAAAUAAAACCUAGAAAUGUGAGUAAUUUCAUAUACCUACCUAGCAUUUACUUCUUAUUAAAAACAUUCUCUUUAUAAGUUGACUUCCUACUUUUACAUUUGUAUUUAAUUUUCAGUUUCCUUCAAUAAAUUGUUCAAAUGUAA